AUGACAACGUACCUCAAAAGGCUUUACAGAAGCGGAAAGAACACUUACCGUUUAGACAGAAUGCUUUCACUGUCAAAACUUUCAAGAAUACAUAUAACGGCUUCCCCAAGACAGCUAACUAGGAGUAUCAGUUCUAGGGUAGUGGGAAUUGACCUUGGGACUACCAAUAGUGCCAUCGGGUACAUACGAGAUUCUAGUGAUAAAAGAUCCGCAACGAUUAUUGAAAACGAUGAGGGCCAGAGAACAACGCCUUCUGUGGUAGCAUUUGAUAAAGAUGGUAGAGUGAUAGUCGGUGCCGCUGCUAGACGUCAGGCGGCUAUAAACCCAGAAAAUACCUUCUUCUCUACAAAACGUCUUAUAGGUAGGCUUUUUGAGGACAAGGAAGUCCAGAGAGAUUUGAAGUCCGUACCUUUUAAAAUUGUAAAAUCGAAUCAAAGUGGGCAAGCAUACGUUAAGACAACUUUUGGCGAUGUAAAAUCUCCAAGUGAAAUCGGAUCCCUGAUUUUACAAUACUUGAAAAGAACAGCUGAAGAUUAUUUGGAGGAAACAGUAGAAAAUGCUGUAAUUACCGUACCCGCGUAUUUCAAUGAUUCACAAAGGCAAGCCACGAAGGAUGCAGGGCGGUUAGCAGGACUGAAAGUAUUGAGAGUAGUAAACGAACCUACAGCUGCUGCAUUGAGUUUUGGCCUGGAUGACUCUAAAAAUUCUGGUAUAAUAGCUGUGUAUGACCUCGGUGGAGGAACAUUUGAUAUUUCCAUCUUAGAUAUUGAAGACGGAGUUUUUGAGGUCAGGGCUACUAACGGAGAUACGCACUUAGGUGGAGCAGAUUUUGACAACGUUGUUAUAAACCAUAUCAUUGAUAGUUUCUUGAAAGAGAACCCGGAGAUCGAAAAAAGUGCAAUUAUCGAAGAUAUGGAUACAAUGCAAAGGUUAAGAGAAGUUGCUGAGAAUUCCAAGAUAGCUCUCUCUCAUGUAAAUGAAACUACGAUUGAAAUUCCCUUCCUUUUUGAAAAUAAGCAUCUUCUCACAACAAUGAAGGAAUCUGAAUUGGAUGAUAUGACAAUGCAUCUUAUUGAACGGACAAUUGGGCCUGUCAGAAAAGCUCUCAAAGAUGCCGAUAUUGAAGCAAAAGAUGUGGAUGACUUGAUACUGGUAGGUGGCAUGACUCGUAUGCCUAGAGUCAGAUCUGUGGUGCGCGAAAUAUUCGGAAAAGAUCCAAACACUUCCGUUAAUCCUGACGAAACUGUCGCUUUAGGUGCUGCAAUUCAAGGAGGAGUUUUAUCAGGCGAAAUACAGAACGUUUUGCUGCUAGAUGUCACACCGCUAACAUUGGGCAUUGAAACUUUUGGAGGAGCUUUUUGUCCUUUGAUUCCCCGUAACACAACAGUUCCUGUGAAGAAAAUGGAGAUUUUCAGCACCGGUGUUGAUGGACAAACUGGUGUUGAUAUUAAAGUUUACCAAGGUGAAAGAGGUCUCGUGCGUGACAAUAAACUGAUAGGAGAUUUGAAACUUACUGGUAUUACACCAAUGCCUAAAGGUGUUCCUCAAGUUUGCGUCACGUUUGAUAUAGAUGCAGAUGGGAUAAUAAACGUUUCUGCAUUGGAACGAAGUAGUGGCAGUGAAAAAUCCAUUCAGGUUGUUGCAAAUUCCGGCCUUACGGAACAAGAGAUAGCACAAAUUGUGGAAGAUGCGAACAAGAACAGAGAAAAGGAUAAUAUAAUAAGGCAAAGAGUUGAGCUUCUUACAAAGGCUGAUAUUAUGAUUAGCGAUUCCGAGAACACAUUUGAGAAAUUUAAAGGUGUGAUUUCAAGUGAUGAAUCCUAUCCAGAAGUUCUCGAAGAAUUGAAAAAAACAAGAGAAAUGAUAAAUGAUUUCAAGAACAAUGACUCUGAUUUAACUCGUGAUGUGAAUGAUGUUAAGAGGGCCACUGACGAGUUUCAAAAAAGAGCCUUGAAACUUUUCCAAAGCUCUUCCAAAAGACAAUCCGAAAGCAAGAAAUAA